UCUCUGAUGGGUAGGGAGAGGUACCAGGGUAUUGAGUCAGCCCAGGACUAUACCCCUCUAUCCCAGUCAGAGCCCUGGGCCUGAGAAGUUCUGUCUUCUCAGGGGGGGGGGGGGGAGCGCAUCAGCGUCAUCCUAUCUCUGCCUCCAGCACCUAGAGUGGCCACAGAUGGCAGUGUCUCUGGGGACAGCAGCUGCGACUGAGUCCCUGGGCCGACGCUGAGCUGCUCAGCGCAGAGCCCCGGCGCAGGCAUCUGCAGGCCCUGAGGCAGGACCCUGGCUGGGACGGGCCUGGAUGAUCCUUAGAGACCAUCUGGUGACCUCCAUCCUCACCGUGCAGUGUGCAGGGGAACCCUGAAGCCCAGAGACGGUGAGGAAUGGUCCAAGCAGCCAGAGCCGCCGCGAUGCCGCACUUCCUGGACUGGUUCGUGCCUGUCUACCUGGUCAUCUCCGUGCUCAUCCUGGUGGGCUUCGGGGCCUGCAUCUACUACUUCGAGCCAGGCCUGCAAGAGGCGCACAAGUGGCGCAUGCAGCGACCCCUGGUGGACCGAGAUCUCCGCAAGACACUGAUGGUGCGAGACAACCUGGCCUUCGGUGGCCUGGAGGUCUGAGCCCUCGUGUUGGGGAUGGCGAGCGCUCGUGCCAGGCACCCAUUCCUUCCCCACUCUGCCAAUCCUAGAGACCCUUAAGGCAGGGAGAGGACGAUCCCUUGGUUCCCCAAGCCAUACCCUCUGCAGCCCAUGCCCUCCCAGCAGUGCCCUUGGUGCUUGGGGAGGCCCCUGGCUGUGGGGCCAGCUCACCCCAGGCCUGCUCGCUUGAGCGCUAGACACAUUUCCCACUAGCUCCGGUGCCUUUGUGCUUCCUGGCAUUCUGUCCCUCUAGCUGGAGUCACACGUGGCUGCCCCUGCCUGCCCUGAGCCUCUGGAACCCCUUUUCCCCACAGAGCCCCCAGGUACCCCCAGCUCCCCUCUCUGCACCCAAAGACACAGGCCCUGUAUGUGCUUGGGAGCUGGGGAAAGGGUCUGUGCCAGCGUGGUGUAGCCCGGCCGGCCUGCCGGGACUCAGGCCUGGAGUCUGAGAGUGUGUCGGGGAGGUCGGGGCUGUGCAGAGGGGUGAGAGAGCAGAAGGCAGGGUGUGUGUGUGUGUGUGUGUGUGUGCUUGCGUGUGCGAGUCGGGACAGUGGUGUGAGGACCUUUCUGUGGGCCUUUCCUGCCCCUUCUUUGCUGCCCCUAGGCUGAGGUGGUGGGCAGGAGCCCCUGCCUGCCCUCCCUCCCUCCCUCCCGUCCUGUGCUGCGCUUCUGGGGGGAUCCCAGUUCCCCAGACUCAGAUCUUUCCCCCGAAACCCUCAAGUCCACCCUGGAGGCCUCCUGCUAUGUGCAGCUUUCGGUGGCUGCUUUGACUCAGAGCGGUAACCUGCCUCCCCCCUCCCCGAGGGCUUCCAUCUUCAUUCAUUUGUAGUAAUAAAGACUUCCUGGCCAA